UAUUAAAUGUCGCGCGCGCCAACUAACUUUGCCAAUUAUCGAUUUUCAUUUUAUAAUUUUGAAUGUUUGCCAUUAGAGCAAAAUAUUUAGAGCAGUUAAAGUGACAAAGCCAAAUAGCCAACUAUAGUAUAUGUAUAUAAUGUGAACACUGAGUAAACAUUUCGGAUGUCGAAGGAUAUUCACGUACAUAAAUCGCUAAAUAAUACUACAUACACAUAUGUAUGUAUGUAUGUAUAAAGAAAAUAAAAUACAUUAACUAAAACAAACAAAAAAAAAGAAUCAAAUUUGUGCGAAAGCGUUUUCGAGAUUGUUGCUUUAUGAGUAUGCUGGGUUUCGUUUAUCUCUUUUUGAUACUCGGUUGGAUUCUGAUUGUGUUAUUCCUUAAAUGUAAAAAGUCAAUUACACCACAUUUUGCCUUCACCGAAAACUAUACGGACGCGAUUGCAGCUGAUCGUCGCCCUUCAGUUCAUAUCAUACAACUAUCACCGGAAGAAAUGGAUAACGAAGAACAAUUCAUGGACUCAUAUCAUCAACGCAGCCAGAGCGUUCGACGUCAUUCAAAUCGCUCACAACGAUCCACUCUGCCCGAUGAGCGGACCGUGGAAACAACAUAUCCAACAGAUGCAGUUGUGAAUCCAGCUUAUAUGCACGAUGAAGAGUACAUCAUUAAUGCACCACCCCCUUCGUAUGAAGAAGUUAUGCGUCAACCAGAAGUAUACCCCAAAGUGCAUCACAGUACGAGUAAAGUGAGCGACGCGAAUAUCUAAGGGUUGACGGAUAUGCACCGGGUUAAGUACAUUCGAGAACCUAUGAGCAUUCUGCAUACAUUGUACAUAUGUAAAUUAACACUUUCUGCUGUGAUUUUAUACUUAAAUUAAUAUAAACUACAAAAAAAAAAUGUUUUUAAUAUAAAUGUUAAAUGUAAU